AUGGGUCCAAAGGCCGUGCAGUACAUUAACCAGCUGGACCAUGCCCGCUGCGAUGGCAACUGGGACCUGGUCCCGGAGCUUGUUCGCAAAGUCCGCAAGCAUGCUCCUGAGAGAGCCUGCCUCGCACUGACCGCCGAGACCGAAUGCGCCAUCGCCAAAACGACGGGAGCCGGUACAGCAACUCACGCCCAAACUGAAGGUCGACCAGCAACUGCCAUAAACACAAGCGAAAUCAACGUUGCAGAGCAACUACCGAAGCUCGAGGCGGCAAUUGACGAGGAAGCUGCACAUGAGAACGAUAGAUUCCAGGCCGAGGUUUGUGCUGGAUGGCUGCACUGGAUACUAGAAGACUACAACCAGUGUGUUACUCGACUACCCGAGAACAACCUCGCAGAAGGAGAGAUCAACCCGGCCGACAGAAGUGCCGAAUGGACAAGUGUCUGCGCACUCAAAGCAGCGUAUCUCAAGGCUAACUGCCUUGCGCGCAGCGGCGAGUUGAAGCAAGCCCUUGUCUCCUUUCGAGCUGGCCUUCCGUCUCUUGCUCGAGUAUGGGCAGACCAAGGCAUGGGACGGCAGCUUCGUUACUGGUCAGAACUGUUUCUGACCGAAUACUGUAUGCUCUCAGGUGAAGCCUACCGAAACAACGAGAUUCCCCAAGGCGACGCCGACUCGCUGGCCGGUUAUCGUGCGUGGGCAAGAUUUUGGGACACCAUGUCGACCCCCGUUACUGGAGGACAAGGCUUCAAGGGCUCAGUCCCGAGAAGGACUGUAUGGAGAGAGUACUAUCUUGCCCUUUCGCAAAUCCUUGAGUACGACCAACCUUUCCCGACUGGGUUUGUGAGCAACACAGCAGGUAAUCUUUCCCCCAGGAGUCAGCUGCGGAUAGAGCUUAAGCAUGCCGAGACCACGUAUCAGGCCCUUUUGCUGGGCGAAACCAGCUUCCCCAGAGCUGAAGAGGAGCGUGAGGAAGUUGAAGCAUUUGUCAAUCAGGUACUACGAAACUGGUCUGUCCUCUGCGGUCGAGGAUGGAGUGAUAAGGAUCUUGGUCAGGGCGGACGAAGCAGCCUAAGUCGUGGAGUCCUUGAUAUCCUUUACAGCGCAUCCAUGAAGACCUACCAUUCGACAUCUAUUCUGCGCUCCCUCUUUCUCGUCCACCUCUCGGUUGCUGAAUUCGAUCUUGCUUUCAAGGCCUUCGACUCUUACCUCGAGAUCGUCAAGAAGGGCAAGGCUCGCGUUGACAAGACAGGACAUAUCGAGCCUAGCCUGGACGACGACGCUACGGUGCUUGAGACAAUCGCACAAUGCAUUUUGGCUCUUUGCCGGUAUGGCCAACGGCCUGCUGCAGAGAAGGCGCACCAACUUGGAUUAGAAUUGGAAGAUUGGUUGGCUAAGUUACCGCAGAUAGCCUCGCCAGAGAACCCUACUCCCGCUAUCGCAGAGAAUGAUGAGAUCAACGCGCCACAUCCACCUAUGCCGCCUCACACCGUUGCUCUGGCGUGGCAGGCUAUCGGCUUGUCACAGGCUCACUGGUCAAGAAUAACACAUGAAGCCUCGGCUAGGACUGAAAUUCAGCAGAAGGCCAUUCGCUGUCUAAGAAAAUCACUCUCAGCCGAGCUUGGCCGCUCGAAAGAUAUUAGGAGUUUCUACGCUCUGGGUCUGCUUUUGGCUGAGCGAAGAGAGCUGACUGCUGCGAUUGAGAUUACCAGAACCGCAUUAACAGCGAGCAAAGAUCAGGAAGAGAAUUAUGAUCUGGUAUAUGGGCCGUAUUGGCAAGAGCGCUCUCUUAUUCCUGUGUGGCAUCUGCUAGCUCUUCUUCUCAGUGCUAGGCAGGAUUACACCAUGGCUGCGAGGGCUUGUGAGGGUGCUCUGGAACAGUUUAAGGAUACUACAGUCUUGUUUGGUAAGGCCGACCAAGGCUUUAGAAGUGAGCAUCUCAACGAAGCUGAGAAGAAUGCUACAUCCGACGAGCGACAUGGUUUGGUUGAUGAUAUGGACGAUGCUGAGAAGGAGAGCAUCUUGGAAGUCAAGAUGACCCAGCUUGCACUGGUCGAGCUACUUGAAGGUCCCGAUGUGGCUGUCAAUGCCAGUUUUGAGUUGUUAACCCUGUUCUCGAGACUGUUUGGUAACGUGGCGGCACAGCCCACGCUCAACCCUCCCAAGGCCCUUGAGCCACCAAAGACUUCUGGUACGCUCAGAAGCAUUAGAGGGACCAUUUUCGGUGGCCACGAUCGAUCUCGGCCACCUACAAGGCAGGUCUACACGGCUGUCGGUGACAGGAACCCCAGACCUCAAACCGCAGCAACAGUCCGCAGUAGUGCACCAGCGAUUCAAGUUACUGGCGAUAAUGGAACCCUAGCAGAGUCGCGACCACGAACAUCAGCAUCUUCUGUCCGUCGUAAUAGAAGUGCCACAGGCAGAAGUAACAGUCUUCAGAAGCGCGAGCGAAGCCACACCCGACAACGAUCUUCCAGCAUAGGAGCUAUCUCAACGUUGCAUGGGCCUACGGUUGUCGAUGGUGAUGUCUUCUUCACACCAGCUGGUCCAGGCGGUGUAGUUGAAGAGAACAAGCAGCAGUCAGACUUCUUUACCAUGCCGGGUAAACGACAAACUCCAUCAAGAGGUUCGUCUUUCGCAAGGGCACGACCCGUGGGACAUCUCAACUCGUAUCUCUCGACCCAGUCCAAGUCGACCGACUACUCGGAGCUAUCGGUAGACAACGCUUACGCUUCCACUUGUAUUCUACCCCUGAUCCACUUCCACAAGGACAAGGAACGAGCUCAACGAGUGGCUCUCCUGGUAAGGGUUUGGCUCAUGAUCGCCGGUUUUUAUCGUCGCGCAGACAUGCGGGAGGAUUCGAAGGGAGCCAUUACCGAAGCACAGAGACUUAUUCAGAGCUUGGAGUCUGAUCUGGCUAGAGAUCCUUCUGGCUCAGGUGCUCUGAAAACCCCAAGCUGGGCUGAAAAGAAGAGUGUAGAGGACCUGUGGAGUGAUUUAUACGCAGAGUUAGGACAAUUAUCUCUAUCAAAGGGGGCACCUUACACAGCCCGUAACGAUUUCGAGACUGCCCUGACACACACGCCUAACCACUCGAGCGCUAUCGUCGGGCUCGCAGGCAUUCUCCUCGAUAUCUAUAGUGAAGAUCUUCUUCCACCGCCUUCAGUCCCCCCUUUGGAGGAUGCCCUACUCAAUCUUAGUCUUGGAAACAAAUCAACACCCGGUUCAACCAGCUACGGAGUGUCCCCCCUGCCCUCAACACCACUUGGUCUGGGUCCUUCAACAGAGUUCCAAUCCUCCCACAGACUCCCCAUGGAUGAUGACGAGCUUCCCGCUACCUACAAAGCAACCCGCCUACCCGUGGUGGACCGUCUUGCCGCUCGAGAUCGCGCGUACGCUCUUCUUUCUACCCUCACCAAACUCGGCUCUGGCUGGAACUCGUCUGAGGCAUGGUUCGCGCUCGGUCGCGCUUACGAAGAGAGUGGUCAGCCUGACAAAGCAAAGGAGGUGCUCUGGUGGUGUGUCGAACUUGAAGAAGGGACUGGCGUUCGAGACUGGCGUUGCCUGACCAGUGGAGGCUACAUUAUUUAG